UGUUGCAGCCAAAAAGCAGCAUUUGCCCUGCUCCACGAAACGGUCGCACUAACAAUUUAUAAACAAACAAAUAUGUCCAAACAAUAUGGCCUGAUCAUUCCCGGGCAGCAGAAGAAGGCACCGCCCAAGCCAGCCGUCAAGCCCGCCAUUUUCGACGAGAGCAGCGCCUCUGAGAGCGACGACGACCGCAAUGCCCCGCAACUGAAGCCCAAAACCAGUGGGGUGGCCAGUGGACCCAGCCUGAUGGAGCGCCGCGUGGCCCGGCGGCAGCAGGAGAAGGCGCUGGCCGAGGACCCCACCAUCUUCCAGUACGACGAGCUGUACGACGACAUGGACAGCAAGCGCGAGGAGGCCAAGCAGACGAAGAGCCAGGAGCCGCGGAAGCCCAAGUAUAUCGGCCGGCUGAUGGAGCACGCCGAGCGCCGGAAGCUGGAGAAGGAGCUGCGCAUCGAGCGGCAGGUGCAGAAGGAUCGCGAGGCCGAGGGCGAGAUGUACAAGGACAAGGACACCUAUGUGACGGCCGCCUACCGCAAGAAGCUCGAGUCCAUACGCCAGAUGCAGGAGCAGGAGCAGCGCGACGAGUACCUCGAGGCCAUUGGCGAUGUGACCAAGCAGAAGGAUCUGGGCGGCUUCUAUCGCCAUCUCUACGAGCAGAAGAUGGGCGGCCCCGGCCAGCCAGAUGAGGUGCAGCCGAAGACGGCGCCCUCGACGGACGAGGUCUCGUACAAGCCCAUCAAGGCGGAGGCGGCCAAGCACCGGAGCUACCGACGCCGUCGCUCUUCCGAGGAGGAGGAGCAGACCAAGGCCAAGUCUGGCCAGGAUCCAGAGCCCGCGCCUGCCACGAAUCAGGCGGAAGGCAAGCCAGCCCAGGCUCACUUGGCCAACAAUAUCGAUGCCGAUUCCGACUUCAGCAUAGACGAUUCCAGCGAUGAGGAAGAGGAGAAGGAGAAGGAAAAGGAGAAAGAGAAAGACAAGGAUAAGGUUAAGGAUAAGCAGCCCCAGGCCAAAAAGAAGGACAAGCCCCAGGAGAAUGCAGAGCACACGCAAGCCAAAGAACCUGCGGCACCGGAGCAAUCUCCGCCUAAGAAAGCGAGCUCCGAUGCCGAGCUGGAUGGGAAGGAUCUGCCCGUGCCGACAGUCACCAAGCCGCCCGUAGACCGCACCCUCAUCUGGCGCAAGAGGACCGUGGGCGAGGUCUUCGACGCCGCCCUGGCCCGCUACCAGGAACGCAAGCGGGCUCGCCAGGGCUAAAAUGCAUCCAAUUAAAGUUCGAGUAGAUGGAAAAACAAACCACUGAUUUCUGUAUUGUCUCCAUAUUAUGCUAAUUUCAAUUUGUCCCGUGCUCAUAAAUUAUUUAUGUGUAUGCCAGCGCUCUCUUAGCGAGCCCUUUUCGGUGCAAAUAUUUUGCAUAAGUUGCAACACAGAGAACCCAGCACCCGCCGCCGCCACUUUUCAUCUAAAACAGCAGAAAAAAAGUGGGUAAGAAGUACACGGCAUGACGGAUGGAACCGCAGGAAAAGUAGGGGAAAAGCACUGGAGGAUGAGGAAGUGCCUGAAGGAGCAGAACGCGAAGAUAUUCCAUUUAUUUUGUAUGACGACGACACGACGACAAGUAGGAGAGCCAAAAAAAGAACUAGUGCCGGCGCACCGAAGCGAAGCCAGGAAUACCCUUGUAGGUCAAUAGCAAGGCGGCUAAUUAAAAGGAAUCCAGAGGAACCUCAUCUCUCAUAAAGUACUUAAAUGUAAAAAGGUGGUUUUGUGAUGGCAAGGCUGUCUAUUAAAUGAUGCCCCCUGGGGACGGACUCAUUGA